UUCAAUUUCUCUCUCUCUUUAGCUUUCGUCUUUCUUUUGGCUUCAUUAGCAUAGGCUGUAUAGCAAACAACCCCCAUUAUUAUUUUAGUUGCGAAAAAACCUCACUUCUUUUUAAAAAAAAAAAAAAAAAAAUCUCCUAAACUGAAGAAGCUAAAUUUGUUAAUAAGUUUAAUUUGCACCAACUCAUCAUCUUCCGCUCCACCUCAUUUCAUUGCACAGACCUCACUGUCCUUUUCUCUUUUUCUUCUUUUCUUUGAAAGGGUCUUCUCUGAUCACCUAAUUAAAUUAAAGCCCAAAACUAUGAAACAAUUGAAUGGUAGCUACAACCUUAAUGUCAAGAAGAACCCAUUUUCCUCAAUUCUUGUUAAGUUUGUCAUUUGUUUUCUAUUACUUGGGCUUGCUUAUCGUCUGUAUUCCUCAAGUUACGUGCAGUUCUCCCCUGUUGAGGUUACUACUGAAACAACAACAACGAUUAAUGGUGACGAUGAUGUGGGCCCCCAGUCAUUGCCACCUCCGGUGAUCAGCGGGUUACCGCCGGUUUCCACCAUUGAUCCUCCUCCGGAGGCUGUUGAUGUCAACAAGAAUACAACCUCUCAGGCUGCAGGAAAAUGUAAUCUAUUUGUAGGAGAUUGGGUUCCGGAUUCUACUGGUCCAUAUUACUCCAAUAGUACGUGCUCUUUGAUUGAAGGCCAUCAAAAUUGCAUGAAGAAUGGCCGUCCCGAUACCGGUUACAUCUAUUGGAGAUGGAAUCCAAGAGACUGUGAUUUACCCAAGUUUAACGCAAAACGGUUUCUGGAUUUUGUGAGGAACAAAUCAUUAGCCUUUAUUGGUGAUUCAAUAAUGCGUAAUCAUUGCCAAUCAUUGGUUUGCACUCUUUCUCAGGUGGAAGAAGCUGUGGAGGUCUACCAUGACAAGCAAUACAAGAGCAAGAGAUGGUCUUUCCCUGCUCACAACUUUACUUUGUCUGUUAUUUGGUCUCCAUUCUUGGCCAAAGCCACCAUCUUUGAAGACGACAAUGGGAUGUCAACAGACAUAAUUCAGCUCCAUCUUGAUGAAUUGGAUGCAGUGUGGACACAACAGUAUAACAAUUUUGAUUACCUAGUGACUGCCGGGGGAAAAUGGUUUCUCAAAGCUGCGGUUUACUAUGAGAACAAUACAAUUGUUGGCUGCCAUAACUGCCAGAGAGAGAAUAUUACAGAAGUAGGAUUCUAUUACGCCUAUGGCAAGGUAAUAAAUUCUACCCUAAAAUUUAUUACAAGCUCAAAGCACAGGGUGUACGCAUUCCUCAGAACUACAACUCCUGAUCACUUUGAGAAUGGUGAAUGGCACAAUGGUGGUUAUUGCAACAGGACGAAGCCAUUUAAAGAAGGUGAGGUUGACAUGAAUCCCAUAGAUGAAAUGUUGCGUAAGGUUGAAUUAGAAGAGUUUGAGAUGGCAUCGACUAUUGGAUCUCAGAAUGGGAUAACCUUGAAAUUAUUUGAUACAAGUUAUCUUUCUUUACUGAGGCCUGAUGGGCACCCAGGGGCUUACCGGCAUUUUCAGCCAUUUGCUGGAAAGGAUAAGAAUGUAAAAGUCCAAAAUGAUUGUCUCCAUUGGUGCUUGCCUGGGCCCGUAGACUCUUGGAAUGAUUUGAUGCUGAAUGUGCUGCUGAACAGUUGAAAAUUGUGAUGAUUAAGCCAGAAAUCUUGUGUGCACUAUAUUUUUGGGUGUUUUGAAUGAUCCUGAUGGUCUCAAAGAAGGAAAAGGUUUCUCCAUUUUCGAAUGGCUAUACCAGCAUCGAGAUUUUUUGCAGAUUGCAUUUCCUAAUCUGAUGCCUAGUGUGCGUACAGUGUAGAGCGAUGCUCAGAAAGAUUGAAGCCAGUUUCACUUGUAGCCUUUUGUUUUCCUGGGUAUAUAGAAAAUGGAGUCAUGAUUAUGAGGCCCAUGUAGAAUCAUAGAUUCAGAUCAAGAGUAAACAUGAGAUUUGUGGCUCAUAAGAUUCAUAAUUUUGUCUAUAACAUCUCCAUUCUUUUGGAAGCACCGCCAAUUUUACUCC